AUGACUGCUGCCAAUAGUCGCCUCAUUCUCGGAGGACUAUUCCUUUUGGCUGUUUGGCAUUCUCUGGAUGUCUCCAAUCCUAAAGCAUGGACGUUUCGGGAAUUGAAGCGAGAUCUGCGGGGUCUUGCUGCCAAGUCCAACAACCGUGACGAACCUUUGAUUUUAUCCGGAUUGAACGCGACGAGUCCCGUUCGCUGUCAUAACAACGCAUCGUACUGCUGCGGGCUAUGGAAUGUCACCGCCGACGACUGGUGGAUGCAUCAUCCUGAUUGGGAAGUGGUCCAUGAAGAUUCCUUCAAGUUUUGUUUUGCUCCCGUCCAGAAUGACACCAAGCGUGCCUUCAUUCGAGAUCUUCAUUGGCUUCAAUGGCAGUUUGAUAUUGACGAAUCCAGCACGAACGAGAUUUCAUCUCUAGAACGACCCUUGCCAAGUAACUACAAUUUUUCCGUCAACUGUUCAGAUAUGAGAGCAACUGUGAACAUCAACUCAGGCUACGGUGCCAGCCUCAUGUGGCUGAUUCACUCCUUCUGGGAAGCUUACACACAACGAAAGCCGUUUCAAACCAUUCAAAAAUGGCCUUGGCUAUACACGUUUUCUAGACCCGACAACAACAGCACAUGGGCAAACUGUAAAGAGAGGGAUCAGACAUGCUUUUAUCUGCCGAUAUCACCCUGCAGUCGCGAAGACAAGAACCAACCAAGGUAUGAAAAGCGACCUGAAAAUGGGAACGAAACGCAGGUCAUGCAAAGGCUGUGGAUAGAGGAGUACCUAUCUAGACCAAAGCAAUUCUUGAGGCAACAGCUCUAUCAUCUUCGACAGCCCAUUGAGCACACAUUGAGGAAGAAUGGAUGUCUAGCAAUGCAUGUUCGGCGAGGAGACGCCGGUGCUCCAAAACCGCCGUACCGUCGGUAUGCGGCAGUUCAAGAAUACUUGGAUCAAGUUCCCAAUCUGACCGCCAACACUACCAUAUUUCUUCUGACAGAUGAUGCCAGUACUAUUGAAGAGGUUCGGCAACAUCAUGCUUCAAAGCAUCAUUGGGUCUACACAAACAAGAUCAGGGUACAUGGAGUGGAACAGGGCUUCAACAAUCAUAUUCCAGCGCACAGUAGCGGUCCCGAUGAACUUGCCUACAUUUCCGUGGAGCAAGAGCUAGCGUCCAAAUAUUGUGACUCGUUGGUGCAUGGGAGAUCCGGGUACGCAUACACAUUAUUUGAGAGAAUGAAGUCUACAGGUCGUCCCAUCCAAACGUAUUACUUGGAAACCAGGGUUCUCCCCCGUUCAGCAAAUCCAUUCAAAGGAAAACCGCAAGAACGUGCAGCUUUCUUGAUGCAACAGGUUCAGGAUCUCUAUCAGAAACAAAAUGAAUCAAAUGCUCAACUUGUAUCAUGA